AUGAGCAUAUUAAUAGAUUACCUAUCUUCACUCUCUGAAUUUUAUUAUAAUUAUUCCCAUCAUUACUUGAAUAAAAGAUAAAAAUCUACUAUUUAACAUUAUUUUUAUUAAAUUUAAGGACAUUAAUUAAUUACUAGAAUUUUUUCAAAUAUGACUAACUGCCCAUCUCUAAUACCUACUAUAUUUUUAAGUUCUCCAUAUUGA